GUGGAGGUGAAGAGAGCAAAGCACACUCUCUAUCAGCGGGGGACAAAGACACACUUCGACACCUACUUACACACACGUUAGUGCAGGACUAUUAUACACAAAACACUUGCUUCCUGGGAUAUGAACGCUCUCAUCCUCACCUGUUUCCUGUGCUUCGUCUGCAGUGCUCUAAGUGCUCAGGGAUCUACAACCACACAGUCAGGUGACCAAGUCGGAGUCACUGUCGACCUGGCCUCAGGGGAAGGCCUCCAGAAUUUGCACAGCGAUGAUGAUGAGUUGGAACAGGGGGUGAUUUCCGGAGGAGAUGAUGAAAAUGUCAGCUUCCAUGACUUGCAUCCCAACAGUGAUGAGAAGAAGAAAAGGAAGGUCAAAGGGAAGAGGAGGAACAGACACAACGGCAAAAGCACAACUCCUUUCAACCCCGAACACAUGGUCUUCACUAGUGGACAUACAUCCACUCUCAGGACCAAUGAGGAUCCCUGCAACACCUCCCACCUGGGCUACUGCAUUCAUGGAUACUGCAAGCACAUAGAGGGCCUGCAUGAGCCAGUUUGUAUAUGUAUGAAGGGUUAUGAUGGAGAGCGCUGUGGGAUCCAGACUCUGGGGACAGUGAAAAAUGAGCCCACCGAGACCAACAAUGCUGAGCUGGUGCAGACGGUCUUAGUGGUCAUCGCUGUGGUUCUUUCAGUCAUCAGUUGUACCGCCAUACUGCUUAUGACCUGUGCUCAUUACAGGUCACAUAAAAACUUCCUGGCCUCCUACCUUGGAACCGUGUCAGAGCAGGAGAAGCUUCAGAAACACCCCGGUGACGUUGUCGUUUGAGGGCGUUAAGUUACAAUGAGCAAUGCUAAACAGUUCAAAGAAGAUGGCUCUGAACACCCGAGAGAGAAGGAGAGUGAAUAGAUGGCUUCACUAGAUGCUGUGUAAAAAACCACUGCCCAGAAUUUAUUAGAAUGUAAUUUAUUUAGUAUGAUUAUUUAUUGUUAACAACUAUAUAAGUAUCUGUAUGUUGGACUACUAUUAUAAUGUCUUUUAUCUGUGAAUGCUGAGGACUAUAGUUUUGGCUUUAUUUAUUGCACUGCUUUUGUUAUAGGUCAGAAAACACUCUUCAUUUCACUCUGGAAUAUGAUCACCAAUAAAAUGUCUCAGUGUUAUG